AUGCCACUCAGCGUGGCCGCUCAGUCCAAGAACGGCUACGACCCCGACGCUCAAGUUCCGUCUGAUGUGUUGACGAAACGCAUUCGCGCUCGAGUCGACAACACACUUGGCUGCAGUAAAGAAUACACUGACGGGACUGUACGGAUUGGUGGGCUGCGCACUGCGUUUAUCAUCGCGGGUCUAAACAUUACCUCAGUCUUUAUUGAUGUCGGAUGCUGGUAUGGAGGCCCAAUGCAGCUCGCAAAAGAGAUAUUUGGUGUCAGGGUGGCACUUGGCAUUGAAGUCUGUCGAGAUCGUGUGACGCAAGCUCUAUUGCGCGUCAAGACCACCAAAGUGUCACUCUUUCCAGUGCAUUUCCCAGCCGAGUGCUUUGAGUACUACGAUCCAGCCACACACGUUUUCGUGUUUAGUACGGCCAUGGGCAAUCUGGCGUUGGCUGCAAUUUAG